AUUACUGACUUCAACCUUGCCCAAUUUGUCUAUUCAGUAUUCACCAUUUCUCAUUCAUUGGCUAAUAUAACUUCCAUCACCAUUUAACAAUCAUUUAACACCAUUUUCCUUCAAUCAAAUUAUACCUACUACGUACAAACCCAGAUCAAACAAACCGUUCCUUCUUCAAUAACUACAGAAGCUAUUUUGGUUCGCCCCUUUUAUUCUGAUGCUGUUCGUUACAAUUUUGAGUUUUGAUCUGUUUUGGGAAAGACAAUAGGUCUACUGGAAUCAUGUCAAGACCAAUGCUGCUUGUCUGUCUGUUGUUGAUACUGAUUUUUACAUGCCAAUUUGAAUGGAGACAGAAAUUGGUAAGUGAUAUGGAUACGAAUCUGGCGGAGUCUCAGAAGCAACAACCAAUCUCAAAAAGGGAACAAGGUGUGAAAGAAAAGAUACCGCCUGGAAUAAACAUGAGUGACAUGAGCAGAUUGUGUGUUCAAGCUCCCUCAAAACGAUUUUCCAAUCCCGAGAUGUCUGAACCUCAGUUCCCUCCCAACACGGAACCCGCCCCCACCGACCCGGCUCCGAACCACACUCCCGCCAGCGCCAACUUGCCCGAGCCUCUGCCGCGGUUCAUGCCGGACAGGGUGUAUAAUCCAGAGCCCAUCUCGUAUUUCAUCCCCGGUGCGGAGCCCGCGCCUCGUGCUGCGCGGCGGAGGGAUCCGGAGGAGAGGCCCAGCUGGCUUCCGGAGAACUGGACGUUUGAGUUGAGAAAGCGCAAUUCUGGAGCCACAGCUGGACAGACUGAUCGAUAUUACAUCGAACCAAUGGGGAAACACAGAUUCCGUUCAAAGGUUGAGGUGCUUCACUUUCUGGAAACAGGAAGUAGUAAACCAAAGAGAAAGGCACCUUCUGCAACUGAGACUACGCCUUCAAGGAGUCCUGCUCGCGAAACACAAAGCAGGGCCAGCACGAUACGGAAGUCCGAGGCCGUUGUUUCUGAUAAUACACAGCCACCACCCACAUGAUAUCAACGGCAUGCAGGCAGAUAAUGCCCAACCGAUAUGAAGUGAACAGAUAUGGUAAGGCCAAGCGCGGGCAUGAUAGUGUUUAUGCACCUCUCUGGGGUCUCUAGUGGAAAGCGCUUGUCUUUUUGUUACCAUAAUUCUUCAUAGAUUCUGGUUGUAGACAUUUUACUUGUUGCUUAUGUAGGAUUCAAACAUUAUUGUGCGUGAGUUCUCUUGUGGAAUAAGAGAAUUCUUUUGUAUUUGAAAGUAUUUUUGGAAGCCCUCUUGAAGAUAGAGAGAUGGUAUAAAUGCAGUUUCCUUGUAGAAGUAGGAACCUUUGUAGAAUACUUUGCUCUAAUUGGUGUAGUGCAUGAGGUUGCUCCAAA